AUGAUCGAUCUCGGACUGGCUCGUAUCGGCCGCCUUCUGCAAUACACACCACAGCCCUGGAAAGCUAUCCAUGUCGCCGGCACAAAUGGCAAAGGCUCCAUAUGUGCCUACCUCUCUGCGAUGCUCCACGCCAGUGGAGUAAGCUGCGCCAGCUUCACCUCACCACACCUCAUUGACCGUUGGGAUUGCAUCACCAUCAACGAGAGCCCCGUCUCUGAAGCACUGUUUCGGGAUACCGAAGCUCUCAUCCACAAGAGGAACCAAGAAAAUCAGAUCGGUGCCUCCGAGUUUGAGCUGCUGACCGCGACCGCCUUUGAAAUCUUCUACCGGGAGAAAGUCGAGUAUGGUGUCGUCGAAGUCGGUUUGGGGGGCAAGCUCGAUGCCACCAACGCCCUGACUCACAAGGCCGUCACGGUCAUCUCCAAGAUUGGACUCGACCACCAGGGUUUUCUCGGCGACACACUGACCGAGAUCGCUCUGCACAAGGCCGGCAUUAUACGUCGGGGAGUGCCAUGCGUCGUCGACAACAGCAACAAGUCUUCCGUCCUCAAGGUGAUCGAGGGCCAUGCAGAAGAGCUUGGCGCGACGGUCCUGUAUCCUUCCAUCGCAGCGAGUGAUUUUCCAGGGAAUCAGACAUUCGAGCCACACCAGAUCCAAAACCUGGCUUGCGCCUUUGAGGCCUUCCGGCUUGCGUGUCCGGACAAGCAGGUGUCGCUCGGAGAGUUUCUGCCUGUCAUCAAGCAGGUCGCGUGGCCUGGGAGGCUCCAACCGAUUGACAUUGGCAGAGUCACCGGCCAGAAACGGAUAGCACUCCUUGACGGCGCCCACAACACCCAGUCGGCCGAAGUGCUUGCUGCCUACGUCGACAAACAUCUUCGUGCCUCUUUCAAAGCAGGCAUCACUUGGGUACUAGCGGCAUCAGCUGGCAAGGAUCUCAGUGGCAUCCUGAAACUGUUGCUGCAUCCAGAUGACCGUGUAUGUGCUGUCAAGUUUGGGCCCGUGGAUGGCAUGCCGUGGGUGAAGGCUGAAGACUCUUCCGCUAUCCUGAACACAGCAACCCAAUAUCAUAUCGAUUCCGCGAAUCAAUUCAAUGGCGAGGGCGAUAUCGCAGGGACACUGAAACACGCAGCGGGACUUCCUGAUCGACGGCCUAUUGUGAUUGCGGGGAGUCUCUAUCUAGUCUCGGAUGUUCUGAGGCUGUUGCGUGAUACGAAAUAA